AUCAAUUUUUGAAGUACAAUUUUUACACUAAACAGUCGCAAGAUACAAUGUCGUUUAAAAGCAAGACUCGUUUAUCGCCAAGAGCUAUGCCCAUAGAGGCUGUGGUAACUAGAUUCAAAUCAGCGCAAUUGAAAACGAAAAAAGAUAAACCUUUACAGAAAAAGUCGAAUAAAACUAAGUCUCCAUCAAAGAAAAAAGUUAUCGAGAAUAUAGAGUAUUUUCCGAACAAAUUGAAGAGAAGAAUGGAUGUCAAAAAAGUUGUUUUAUUACCGAAACAUGAUUAUAAAGUUGUAGCUGGUAAAUGGAAUAAACGGAAGCCAUGUGUACCUAGAAAAGAAACAUAUAUCAAUCAAUAUUACAACGACAUACCUUCACCAGAACAUUUACAAAAGGAACAAACGAUAACGGAUAUGAUAAAAUUAAUAGAGGACACUGGAAACUUUGACGAUGACGAUCUGAUGGAAAUUUUGACUUGCCCAAGCCCUGUAUGGUGGGAAGAUCCACCUGAUGGAUAUGUUGAAGGUCCCAUAUCUCGAUUCACUCCGGAAUUAGUUAAUACUAAACUACAUGAAGAAUCAAGUAAAGAAAAUAAAGUGAAUGAAGAAAUAAAAUUUGAAGAACCAGAGAUAAAAGACUCAUCUAGUGAAACAUUAAUAAAUCAGAAACCCCUUAUAUCUAUGAAUAUAAAGAUAAAAGAUCCUAAAUUUAUUAAAAAGCGCGGCAAAUUAGAAUCUCUAUUAGGUAAUUUGAAAGAUAAAAUCAAUAAACAAACAAAUAUAGUUGAAAGUGAUAAAAAAUCAAAUAGUUCAGAUUUAAUAAAUACAUCUAUGGAUGAAGAUUUGAUAUUAACUAGUUUAGAGAAUAUGGAAAUUCCAAUUAAAAAAAAUGUUAGGAGUCAAGUUAAUGACAAUGAAAAAUCUAAAAUAAAAACAGAACAAUUAGAUGUUAAAAAAGUUAAAAUAACGGAAGAUUUAAAAGAAUCAGAUAAAAUAUUAAAUUCACUAAAUGAUAUUAAAAAUAACGUUAUAAAAGACGCUUCGUUAAGCGCGCUAAAAUAUCUAGAAACGGAUACGUCAGAUUUUGUCACAGUAUAUAAAAUUAUUAACAAUGAUACCACAGAUAGUAGAGAUACAGAAAAAAAUGGCCAAAUUAAUUCUUAUUUUAAAAAUUGCAAAAAUGUUCGACGGCAAGCAAAGAGAAAGACGGAGGAAACAGAUAAAAAAUGUAUAGUUGUCUCUGAUAAGGAAACUGUCAAAUAUUGUUUAAAAUGUUCCGCCAUUUUUGAUACGGAAGACUGUAUAUAUUGUAUGCAGAAAAUUAAGGCAAACUCUUGAUUUUUAAGCUAUUGCAUAGCUUCUAUCGCGGGCCUUGAGCGCGGGCACCGAAUCCAGAAAUUGCGUAACGAAAAAACCUCACGCUCCCCACUCCAACGGGCGGAGGUGUGGCUUGAAGGCAUAGCAUGCAAUAGCUUUACCGCGGCAGUCCCCGAGUACCACACGUAUUUUUUGUUAUGUAUUAAAUUUACGUAUUUUUCUAUGAAAUACUAUACAUUAUGUAUUGAACAAUAAUUGUGUUUGAGGUGUAUCUCAAACAAUGUAACUAAAAUUCUGUAUUUUGUUUCAAAAAAUGUACAGUUCGUUUCAAACUUCCGAGCCGCCAUUAAAUUGGAAUCAUAUUGUAAUUGUUAUAAAUAUUUUUUAGAAAAGCCUGUUAUUAUGCAUUUGUAGUUUAUAUUUUUUAAAUUUUCUCAUUUUUAAAGCAUUUGAAUGCUACAAAACUAAAUACGAAGUUGUAUUAAAUUUUUUAGUGAAUGAUCAAUAAUUUAUGUUUGCUAUGAAAGAAAUUUCCGUAAAAAUUUACUGUCUUACCACAAAAAACUUUAGACAGGGUUUAACUUUAAGCGCGGGUUCUCUUUAAUCUGGUUUUGUCGUAUUUCACAUAGACAACUAUUAAAGUGACA